CAAGGCACGGCAAGAAACCAAGAACUCCUCCGUCCGCACGCGUACGUACGGGCUCAGCUCGGAGGCCCCGACCAUGGCAGACCGGCUUCGCCUCGACAUGGAGAUAAGGGAGAAGAUCAAGGUCAGGCGUGAAGCGGGACGCUUCAGCGUGGGGAGCUCCAACUCCAACUCCUCCACCUGCUCCUCCAAUCAAGCCGCCGCCGCCGACGUUGCAAGAAACCAAGAACCCCUCUGCCCGCCGGCUCUGCGAAGCGAGGAAUUCUUCCACCACGGAUGGGAGGGCACCGCCGUCGACGCCGCCAUGGAGCCUGAAGAGCUAGCGGAGAGGAUGGAGUCCAGGCGUCACUUGCAACGCGGCUACAGUGGCUUGUUGGGUUCGCCGUCCUCCUCACCGCUGCCAUUGCCGCCAAGAUUGUGGAGUUCCGCGCCCACCUCUCCCCGGACGACGCCAUGGAGCUCGCUCCAUGACCCGCCGGCCGCUCGUGCUGCCGGAACGUCGAGCUCGUCGCCCAGGGACAAUGGCCCAUCAAGAACUGCAGCCGCCGAUGAAGCCAGGUCGAAGCAGCACCCUGCGAAGGGCCCUACGAGGUCUGACUACGUCGCGAUGAUGCGGACGGCAUUGGCCAAGUUCCAAGACGAUGCUUCCGCCGAAGAUGGCGAGGCGACGGCGGCGGCGUCGGCGGUGAUGGAGCAGGCCAUGACCGGCCUCAUGGACCUCACGUACCGUAAAGCGAAGCCCCCGGAGCUGCCUUACGAGUUCGCUACGAGAUGGCCUAUUCCUGUUGAUGAUGAUGAGGUGCUUCAAGCACGAAUAAUGAGUGAUCCUGUUAUCUUGGCUUCUGGAUAUUCUGUUGAUCAAUCAUACCACAACUACCAAAAACAGCACAGUCCACGGACAAACACAAUUACUGAUCACUCCUCGCCUCACACUCUCUCUAUUCCAAACCAUCUUCUCCACGACAUGAUUUCUGCAUGGUGCCUUGACCACUGGGAUCUUUCUCCACCUAUCACCCCUGAUGAAGGCUCCGUUCCAAUGGACUCUACAGAGAAACACAUUGAACGCAUCCUGGAGAAGUUCUCAGGAAAUUAUGCAUCACAAAUAGAGGCUCUGAAUCAGAUCCAGGAACUGUCCAAAACCACCAAAGGAGUGCAACCUUGCCUUGCCAAAUUUCCGGACCUGAUCCCAGUGCUGAUAAAUCUUAGGAAGAAAUAUAAAUCGAGUUGGACACGAGAUCUUGAGGAAGCGAGGCUCACAGUAAUCCUUAAUCUGACAUUGCACAGGCAAAACAGGGAGAUCCUAGCUGGACGGAGUGAAUUACCAGGUGCUCUAAAGAUAAUCGCUCAGAAGGCAUACAGUCUUGGUAGGCCAGCAUCAUCCCUGGCGAAGGUAGCUUCUGUUGUUGCUAUCCUGUCAGAAUUUUGCGUGUUCAGGAAAAGAAUGCUUGAUACUGGUGGAAUGAAAAUGCUUCGAGAUAUGCUCAAGAUGAAGGAUACUGUAGUGAUAACGGAGGCUGCCACUGCGAUCCUUGCACUCUGCACAGACUAUGAAAGCAAGCUAUCAGCCCAAGUUUAUAAUGUGCCUGAGAUGCUGCUGAAAUGCCACUUGUUCACUGAUGAGAUCCUGCGUCUGCUUGAUUGUGUCCCGAGAUCCCCUUAUGUCUUCAAGAAAAUCUGUAAUCAGGCUUUGCAAUUGGUGAAUAUCAUCAUGGCUGAUCAUGCAUUUGGGCCGGUGACCUCUAAGGGCAUCCACUCAGCAAUUUCCUUGGUCUACGACAUUGUUGAGAGGGAUGUGGGUAAGAUGAAGGUGCUGAAGAACAUGGAGGAUUUCAAGGAGCGGUUGCGUCAGCUGUCAUCAGAUAGAAUGCCGAUGCAGACAAUGUUCCAGGUGGAGAGCAUAAUCAGUACUCUGUCAGAGGUGUUCCCUGCUACUACGGUGUAAAGGCAAAGCCAAGAACCCAGUGGAAGCUACCUUUAUUCUCAUGGAUAGCUUGAAUCUUAUGCGCUUCUUCUGUAGAUAUGUCAGAAGGCUCAAGAUUUUUGUUCUGCUCGCUCAAUUUUUCAGAGAAGUUUGAAUUUAUUGAUUGUGUAGUAAUGUGAUGAAUCACACAAACAGUUCAAGGCACAGAUAGAUGACUUGGUUUCAGUGCCUGUUGGAGAUUGUAAGAAUUGAUUGGUAUUAGUAAUUGACCGAAUAUUCUUGUGAUUCUGUGCAGUAUCAUAUUAGUCCUGUAUGAAGAGAAAAAAUCUUUUAUCUUUUCUCUAAUGUUACAGUUGGUAUAUAAUCUUUUUCUUUGCGGGGACAAUUGGUAUAUAAUCAGUUGCUAAUUACAUUGUUUGGAACAAAGUUUCUUAUGAAACAUCUUCUAUGUGCAUCAAACUUGGGAGUUCAAUGCAACAGCAGA